AUGUUGUUCAACACCUUCUCCGUCCUGGCUCUGGCCAAUGUUGCUCUUUCAGCAGCUAUCAGUUCUACCAACUCUUCGAGUGAUGCUGUCUGGGGUAACCAAUUCCCCAACUGUACAAGCAUCAAUCAGAGAAAAUCAUGGACUGCUUUGACCGAUGCUGAGAAAAAGGCCUACAUUGACGCCGAGUUGUGCCUGAUGAGCAAGCCACCAAAGCUGGGGGUCACCGGAUCUCAAAACCUUUGGGAUGAUCUCAUGUACGCGCAUAUCUACCAAGCAGGUGUCAUCCACAAUGACGGACCAUUCUUGCCUUGGCACAGACUGUACAUGCGAGUCCAUGAGAUCUACCUACAGACCGAAUGCGGAUACACUGGUGCUCAACCCUACUGGGACGAGCAAGCCGACACCGACCUUGCCUCGAUCGCCGACUCUGCCGUCUUUGACCCCGUCACUGGUUUUGGCAGCGGCAAUCUUGAUGCAGACGGUUGUGUGGCAGAUGGACCGUUUGUCAACUUGACAAUGCAUCUGAACCAGACCAGCAACGACGCCAACUUCUGUCUUACUCGCGACUUCAAUCAGACGGAAUUUUACCAGGCAAACCGAACCUAUGUGGAUGAUUGCAUGGCAAUUGACAACUACACUGAUGCCUGGAACUGCUGGGGAACAAACCCCCAUCUGGCCGGACACAUGGGUGUUGGUGGAACUAUGUUGGAUGUCGUAUCCAGUCCCGGAGACCCCGUCUUCUUCCUACACCACACCAACCUUGAUCGACUCUGGUGGCAGUGGCAGAUGGCCGACAAUGAACACCGUCUCUACGACAUUGGUGGACCCGUUGUUGCGUCCGAGGCUUUCCUGGAGCUGAGCAACCUGGAUUAUCCUGGUGCCGACCUUUUGGACUACAAUGGCGAAGUCGGCAAUGUGACAACCCUAGCCCACAACCUGUGGACUGGUGGCUUGCUCCCCAAUAUUACCAUUGGUGACAUUAUGGAUCUUGCCAAUGAUAUGAACUGUGCGAAUUACGUCGUCUAA